AUGAGCAUUAUAAUAGGAGUGAUCAUAGCCUUUGGGAUCCGAGCGACAACCUGGAUAUUCAAUUUGCAGAAGCGUAGCCACCAAGGGGACUACCAUAAAGUUUUCAAUGGUGAAAACUUUGUGGCCUGGUGGAAAGAUCAGCUGCUCCCCAAUUUACACCAGCAUUCUUUUAUCCAUAUGGAUAAUGCGGUAUAUCACAAAUUAUAUGGGAAUCAUGCGCCCAAGUGGGGAAAGCUACGGAAGCAGGAGUGCAUUGAUUUUCUGCUGUUAAAGGGAAUUGAGGUUGAGGCAAGAUGCCCUGCUGUUGUGGUCAAAGCCCGGACAAAAGAGUGGAUCCUUGCAAAUGAAAGGUUCGAGUGUGUCAGGUUAGCAGAGGAACAAGGACAUAAAGUUCUUUUCACACCACCAUAUCAUAGCGAUCUUCAGCCAAUUGAGCUGACAUGGGCUCGGAUUAAAGGUAACAUUGGCAGACAGUACAGUGUUGGUACAACACUGGCACUAGUACAUGAGCGACUGCUUCAUGAGUUCAAGAACUUGGAGGAGUCAGGGCAUGGUGCCAUCCAAGGUAUGAUCAACAAGUGUGUCAGGAUCGCAAAAACAUUUUAUGACAACAUGCCAGAGGAGGAGUUAACAGAGGAGGCUUUAGAAGAUGAGGAAGACGACGAUUAUGAUGACUACGAAGCGGGGUUUGACGCGGGUGUACCGCCUGAAAACACUUUAGACGAAAUCGUAGUCGAAGAAGAGCUAGAGGAUGUAAUUUUUGCGGCUAACAAAGACGUUGCCAUGGAGAACGAAGACAUUGAAGACGUAGUAUCGGUAUAA